GGCGGCUGGUGACUCCGUGAUGUUGCGAACGGCAGUAAGUCGCGGCCUGCGCUCCGGCUGCCGGUUCUGGAUUCCAGCUUCAGGUCGCUCUUGUCGGGCGCCGCUGCGUCCAGCCUCCGGCUUCCGGAGCAGCCUGGCCCGGCCCAAUGUUCAAUCAAGGAGAAGAAGCCUUGGGUCCUGGAGUGGAACGAGUCUGGCGCUGCUGGCUACCAUCGGCAUCUUCCAGUGGGGUGAGAAACAGUUAGCAUCAGAGGAUGAGAUCAUACUCCUCAUCAAACACGCAAAGUUGAGUGCAGCCAAGGGAGAGCUGAAGGAUGCAGAGCGGAUUUUGCACCAAGCCCUUCACAUGGCCCAGCAGGCACAGAACAAUCAGGCCAUCAGCUAUAUCUACUGCCAGAUGGCGAACCUGGCCUUCCUUCAUGGAGAUCUCCUUAGCGCUGAACUUCUCUUCAAAGCAACAAUGAGUCAGUUACUUGGGUCGGGAAUGCAGCAGGAUGACAACGCCCUCAUUGAGAUAUCCCUCAAGUUGUGCAACAUCUAUGCCACCACUGACCGGCACUAUUUGGCAGUUGAAGGAUACAAUUGGUGCAUCGAGACACUGGAGGAGAAGGUUCAGCAUGAGGAAGCAGUUCCUGAGGAAGCUUUGUCAGCAAACCAACCCAGCACGGAUGGAAAGUGUGCAAGGAACCAGCGAGAUUGGAACCCAGGACCACUCGCCUCGAAGUCCAGUGCAGAUGCCACUACACCAUUUGCCAACCAUGUACUUGAAGAAGAGGAGCGGGAGAACACACGUCUGCUGCUGGCCAUGGCCCAGGACUCCUGCGCUCGCUACCUGCUAAGCCGGGGACAGUUAGAGCUGGCCACCACUCUGUACCAGAAGGCGCUAACCAUUGCUCAGGAUGUGCACGGCGAGGCACACCCACAGGCAGUGGUACUGCUGAAUGACCUGGCCACCGUGCUGGACAUGAAGGGCUGCUACGACCAGGCCUACAAGUACAUCAGCAGGGCAUUCAGCCUGGCGAGGGAGACGGGCCACACUGAUGAGCACAGGAUCCUCAGCAACAUGGCCAGGAUCCUUGUCCAUGCAGGGAACUACACUGAAGCUAGGAAGGUCUACGAGGAGGCCCUGAAACAGGCAAAGUUGAAGGGCGAUGAACUGGCAAUGCAGCACAUCCAGGAGGGUCUGGAGGAACUAGAUGCCAGCACUCACAGCUCCCAUGGUCAAGGACAGGCAAGGCAUCAGUGACAGAGAUUUACACUGCAUUAUCUACAGCCCCAGAAUGGUUCUUCAGGACACUGCCCCGGUGGUUUGGGAUUUACCAGAAAGGUCAGCACGUUACAGGCUCUGGUCCAGAUAUUGCAGCUCUAAGUCCGGGCCAGGACUCCAAUAUACUACUGAAGGGGGCAGUACCAAAGGAUCUCAGCACUGGCAGGGGCAGUACUGAGGGAGCCUUGAAAUGCCAAUCUUUCUAUGAAGUGAGGUUUUUCCUGUAUCUGUGCCUGACACUGAUUUUAAGGAGAACCAGGAAUUUUUAGAUUGUUUAUUGGUUUUUGGGCAUUAAGGGGUACUCUGGAGUUGUACAAAAUAAAAUUUUUAUCUAUAACUGUGUGUCUUUAUAUUAACUGAUCCAGAAAAAAUCAUGUACCUGAGACAUAGCUGUUUAAGAACAUAAGAACUGGGGGCAGGAGUUGGCCAUCUGGCCCAUAGAGCCUGAUCCUCCAUUCAAUUAGAUCAUGGCGGAUCUGGCUAAGGACUCAUCUCCACCUACCUGCCUUUUCCCCACAACUCUUAAUUCCUCUGUUAUGCAAAAAUCUAUCCAGCUGUGUCUUAAAUAAAUUUAAUUUGGUAGCUUCUAUUGAUUUCCUGGGCAGAGAAUUCCACUACUCACUGGGAAAAACAGUUUCUCCUCAUCUCCAUCCUAACUCCACUCCUCCAAAUCUUGAGACUACGUCCUUUAGUUCUAGUCUCACCUAGCAGUAGAGACAACUUUCCUGCCUCUACCUUAUCUAUUUGUGAGGAGCAGUUGACUUUCGAUAGGUUCCAGUUAACCAGUGGGAGCCAUGCAGAGUCAGUAAACUAUUGCUUGUGCUCAGAAAUUCAGUGGCACUUGGUAUAUUGCAGUCUGAUCAACACAAUGAGACACGGGCUAGGGGAUUUUAAAACCAGAGGGCAGAGGUUUAAAAUGAGAGGGGAAAAAAGUUAAAGGGAUCCGACGGGUAAAUUUUUCCACAUAAAGGAUGGGAAGCUGCCAGAGUGAUUAUAAUUACAAUGUUUAGAAGACUCUUGGAUAGAUACAUGCACAGGACAGGUUUAGAGGGAAUAUGGACGGGCAAAUAGAGCUAGCUUAGAUGGGUAACUUAGCAUGGACGAGAUGGGCCAAAGGGCCUGCUCCUGUGCUGUGUGGCUCUAAGCCUCUGGCCUUGGGCAGGAAUUGACCUGCUGUUGACAGGCCUUCAGAGUACUGACCCUCUUGGAUUGACUCGGGCCCCAUCAUCAUCAGCGAGCCAGAGGGAGAUGGAAGGUCACAGCAGCACCGAGUUCAGACCUUUUUCAUUCCGCAGCAUUGUGUGCGGGAGCAACAUGUAGUAUUUCAUCACAAAGUAAGCCUAAUGAAGUCACCAAUGAAAGUCUGUCAGAACCAGAAUCUGGUUCAGCAUAACUGACUCAGAUAAUGUGAAGUUUGCUGUUUUGUGGCAGCAGUACAGUGCAAGAAAUAGUUUCCAGUGCAGGAAGCCCCUGACCCAUCGCUUAGUGCCAAACCAUGAGGGUCUAGGCAGGAACUUUACAUAAAGCCUUCAGCCCCAUGAUGGGUCUUCCUCUGCAUCUCUCCACCAACCUCUGGCUCCUUCCCCACUGACCACCGGCUUCCUCCCAUCAUUUCCU